UCCUCCGGCAGAGUUUCCUCUGGCUUCAACUUAUCCAGAUAUAGUUCACCAUCUUUCGGGUCCCAGCAGCUAUGUCUACUCAAAUCAGGGUUUAGACCUUGAUGUGGUCGGAGCUGCACUUUGCGCUCCUACUAAUUUCAUGUUUGGGUUUUGAAAAACUCAAACACUCGCAUAGACGCUAGACCCCUUGGUCCGUGUUUCAAGACGGGCGACUUGCAACCAUUACGCCAGCAUCCUAACAUAACCACAGGCCUCGGGAUGAGAUGGAAUUUGUGGAAGUGGAAAAGGUCUAUAAUACUCGAGAGCUAGAAUUCCUUUUCUGUUUUACUCCCCUCGCCCCGAUGCUGGUCCAACCAGAAGGUUGUGUCUGCUUGCAAGCCCUUCCCUUUCAACAACUACACAUACUUUUUCACUCUCUCAAUGUGCUUCUCAUCUUCCCGUCACUGUACUUGUUCGCUAUCGGUCUCUCACCAAUAUCCAGCUUUAGAUGGAAUUUACCACCCACUUAGAGCUGCAUUCCCAAACAACUCGACUCUUUGGUGGUCAAAGAAAAUGGAUUCUUCGCGGGGCUAUCACCCUCCAUGGCGCCAUUUUCCAAUGGACUUGAGAAUGUUUGAACUAGCUGAGACCACCUUCAAAUUACAAUUCCCUGAGGGUUUCAAAUUUGAGCCUUUGCUGCUUCACUCGCCGUUACUGAGGCAAUCCCUGCUGGUUUCUUUUCCUCCCCUUAUUGAUACGCUCAAGUUCAGCAGGUAGUCUCACAUGAUUGAGGAAGGAUUGGGAGAGCCUAAAACUUAUUCCGGAGUCAUUUGAUAUUUAGACCAGGAUCAUGCCAAAAGUUUGGGAGUAGAUAUCGCUCAUCCACGUACGCCUUGAAGAAUACCUUGAGGCGCCAAGCGAGUUCAAAAACUCAAUCAUUCACGUCUGCAAGUCAUAUUACGCAUCGCAAUGUUCUUCAUCGAUGCGAGAACCAAGAGAUCCGUUGUAUUUUUUUAUGACUGUGUACGAAUAAUGUCAUUCGCUUUGGCAAGAUUCUGAAGACCCACUGAAAGCUCAUUCAUGCCUACCUAAAAAGGAAGGAUUCUUGCAUGAAUACCUCCAACAAUCCAAGCCUAAACAC